AGGAGGGAGGGAGGGAGUGAUUUGAAGUGUGGAAGCCGGGGAGCCCCGGGGUGUCGCUGGCGCUGCUCGGCGGGUGUUACUGUGCGCGGUGGAAGCGGCAGGUCUCGAAAGUGCGGGCUCGCCUCCGCGCUGCAGCGCCGCUAUUGUUCCGCCAGGAUGGCUUUCAGAUGAGAUCAAGCGCAUUGCAAUGCUUUUAAUAUUUACAUUGCAGCGAUUUUAAUAUUUACAUUGCAAUGCUUUUAAUAUCUAUUCAGAAAGAAACCCCCGGGGUGCGGGCACCAGGCGUCACAUUCCCAGAUUCGACGUUAACAGUUUUGUAGAGUUAAUAAAAAGCGCCGCAGAAGCAGCGGGGGGCUGCCCUGCCGUGUUAGGGAUCUGCGCAUCUCCCUCUGAUCUGAAUACUCAUCCCGCAGACACACAGACGCGCUUUCACACAGGCAUUGGAAACCCGUCAACUGCAACGCGAUACGACGACAAAGAAGAUGUAACCCGCUGCAGCCACAGUCGUCGUUGUAACAAUGGGUCUGGACUUCGAUGUGAAGACGUUCUGCCACAACCUGCGGGCCACGAAGCCCCCGUACGAGUGCCCGGUGGAGACCUGCCGCAAGAUCUACAAGAGCUACAGCGGCAUAGAGUACCACCUGUACCACUACGACCACGACAACCCCCCUCCCAGCCAGGGCACCCCGCUGCGCAAGCCCAAGAAGAAGGGGCGCCAGUCCCGGGGGGGGGCAGGAGGAGAUGCAGGAGGAGGAGGAGGAGGGGGCUCCACGCCCGGGGGGGAGAACCAGCCCAGUCCAGCCCACUCAGAACUCUCCCAGUCCCCCAGCAGAGAGACCAUGACCUACGCACAGGCGCAGAGGCUGGUGGAGGUGGACAUCCAGGGCAAGGUGCACAGGAUCAGCAUCUUCGAGAACCUGGACGUCGUUUCGGAAGAGGAGGGGGAAUCCGAGGAGCCCUCUGGGGGGCAGGGGGGCUCGCUGGGGGGGAGGCCCCCGGGGGGAGGGGGGCCCGGUGGGGGGGAUUCAGCGGGUGCAAAAGACAGGCCUGAUACCCCGGCAGCCAAUUCAACCAACUCGGGAGCCAGCGGGGGCAAAGGCAACAACACCACCCCCAAACCGGGCAAGCACAAGAGCAAGGAGAAGAAGAAGGAGGCCACGGGGCACCAUCACCACCACUACCACAGCGCCUCCUCUGGACCGGCCGUCAAACUGCCUGAGGUGGUGUACAGGGAGCUGGAGCAGGACACACAGGACGCGCCCCCAAGACCUGCCUCCUACUACAGGUACAUUGACAAGUCUGUGAAGGAGCUGGAUGAGGAGGUGGAGUACGACAUGGACGAGGAGGAUUACAUCUGGCUGGACAUCAUGAACGACAAGCGGCACGCUGAGGGGGUGCUGUCCAUCCCCCAGGAGGUCUUCGAGUACCUCAUGGACCGGCUGGAGAAGGAGUCCUACUUCGAGAGCCACAACAAGGCGGACCCCAGCGCCCUCAUCGACGAGGACGCCGUGUGCUGCAUCUGCAAUGACGGCGAGUGCCAGAACAGCAACGUCAUCCUGUUCUGCGACAUGUGCAACCUGGCCGUGCACCAAGAGUGCUACGGGGUGCCCUACAUCCCCGAGGGCCAGUGGCUGUGCCGACGGUGCCUGCAGUCUCCGUCCCGCGCGGUGGACUGCGCGCUCUGCCCCAACAAGGGCGGCGCCUUCAAGCAGACGGACGACAGCGGCUGGGCGCACGUGGUGUGCGCACUGUGGAUCCCAGAGGUCUGCUUCGCCAACACAGUGUUCCUGGAGCCCAUCGACAGCAUCGAGCACAUCCCCCCCGCACGCUGGAAGCUGACCUGUUACAUCUGCAAGCAGCGCGGCUCCGGAGCCUGCAUCCAGUGCCACAAAGCCAACUGCUACACGGCUUUCCACGUGACCUGCGCACAGCAGGCAGGGCUCUACAUGAAGAUGGAGCCCGUGAGAGAGACUGGGGCCAACGGCACGUCGUUCAGCGUGAGGAAGACCGCGUACUGCGACAUCCACACCCCGCCCGGCUCAGCGCGCCACCCCGCGUCCGCCCCCACCUCGGCCGGGGCUCUGUCCCUCAGCGAGGGAGACCCAGAGGACGAGGAGGAGCCCCCUGAGGAGGAGGGCAAGGGGUGGAGCUCUGAGAAGGUGAAGAAGGCCAAGGCCAAGUCACGCAUCAAGAUGAAGAAGGCGCGCAAGAUCCUGGCGGAGAAGAGAGCGGCCGCGCCCGUGGUGUCCGUGCCGUGCAUCCCGCCACACAGGCUCAGUAAGAUCACAAGCCAGCUGACCCUGCCACGGAAGAGCCAGUUCAUGCAGCGGCUGCACAGCUACUGGACUCUGAAGAGGCAGUCUCGCAACGGCGUGCCGCUCCUGCGCCGGCUGCAGACGCACCUGCAGUCCCAGCGCCACGCCGAGCAGGACAGCGAUGAGAAGGACAGCUCCUUGGAGAGUGGAGUAGUUUUUCCUAAGGAGGGUGAUGAGAAGCAGAGCGCCCUGAAAGAGCAGCUCAAGUCCUGGCAGAGACUGCGGCAUGACCUGGAGAGAGCCAGACUGCUGGUGGAGCUGAUCCGCAAGAGAGAGAAGAUCAAACGAGAGUCGAUCAAAGUGCAGCAGCUUGCCAUGGAGGUGCAGCUGACUCCCUUCCUGAUCCUGCUCAGGAACACUCUGGAGCAGCUGCAGGACAAGGACACCAGCAACUUCUUCACUGACCCUGUGCCGCUGGCAGAGGUGCCGGACUACCUGGACCACAUCAAGAAGCCGAUGGACUUCCAGACGAUGUUGGUCAGCCUGGAGGCUCACGAGUACCGCAGCUUCGAGCAGUUCGAGGAGGACUUUGGGCUCAUUGUCAACAACUGCCUCAAGUACAAUGCCAAGGACACAGUGUUCUACCGGGCGGCGGUGAGGCUCCGUGAGCAGGGGGGCGCCCUGCUGAGGCAGGCCAGGAGGCAGGCAGACAAGAUCGGCAUCGACUUCGAGACGGGGCUGCACCUGCCCAAACCCCCCGCCGCAGAGGGGCAGCGCAGCCAGCUGGGCCUGGAGGAUGCAGACCUGCUGCUCCCGGAGAACCGCAAGCGGCUGCCCCUGUGCGAGCAGCUCAAGGUCCUGCAGGAGAAGCUGGACGAGGUGAGCGCGGGGAGGCACAGCAUCGGCCGUUCUCGGCGCGCCAAGGCUCUGAAGAAGGAGAUGACGGUGAUCAAGCGCAAGAUGGCUCACCAGAAAGACGGGGGUGGAAUGGGGGGCCGGGAGGGGGGCGACCGCGGGCAAGGGGUCGCCCCCCCCUCAUCACACCACCACCACCGUCAUCACCACAACCCCCUCCCCGGCAACGGCACCACCGGAACUGGCACAGGCAGCGGCGGCAAGGAGCUCCGCCGGCACUCUGACCAGGAGGGGGAGGAGAGCAGCAGCCAUGAGAUGGGGGGAGGAGGGGGAGGAGGAGGAGCAGGAGGGGGGAAAGGUCUGGGCUCCUCCUCUUCCUCUGCUCUGGCCCCAGAAGUGGGGCGCCGCACUUCGGUCCUCUUCUCUAAGAAGAACCCCAAGACCGCAGGGCCUCCCAAGAGGCCAGGGAGGCCCCCGAAGAACCGGGACAGCCAGGGGGCUCCCGGCUGCCGCCCCAGCCCCAUCGGACCCCCUCGGCUGCCCCUGCUCUCCGGCCCCCGCCCGAGGAAGAGGGUGCGAAGCCCCCGGAGCAGCUCAAGCUCGGACAGUGAGAGUCAGGAGAGCAGCGAGGAGCUGCACCUGGGUCUCCCCUCCAAUGGGUUCGACGGGGGCAGUCAGCCAGUGACGGAGAGUUUCCGCGUGUACCGAAACGAGCGCAGCCUCCCACGCAGCUCCUCCGACUCGGAGUCGAGCACCAGCACCAGCAGCAGCGCCGCCUCCGACCGUACCAGCACCACUCCCUCCAAGCAGGGUCGCGGCAAGCCCUCGUUCUCCCGGGUGAACUUCCCCGAGGACAGCAGCGAGGAGACGUCGGGGACAGAGAACGAGUCAUACUCCACAGGAGGGGGGCGCGGAGUCUCUCUCGGCAUGGUCCGUUCGGGUCGUGGCCGGUCCUGUUGGAUGUCUCCUGAUGAGUACAGCCCGCUUCACUCUCUAGACCUUGUGUGGGCAAAGUGCCGGGGCUACCCCUCCUACCCCGCACUGAUCAUUGAUCCGAAGAUGCCUCGGGAGGGGAUGUUCCAUCACGGCGUUCCAAUCCCGGUGCCCCCCCUCGACGUGCUCAAACUGGGGGAGCAGAUGAGCCAGGAGUCCCGAGAGCACCUCUACCUCGUGCUAUUCUUCGACAACAAAAGGACCUGGCAGUGGCUGCCGCGCACCAAGCUGGUUCCCCUGGGGGUUGACCAGGAGCUGGACAAGCUGAAGAUGCUGGAGGGGAGGAAGAGCAACAUCCGGAAAUCUGUGCAGGUGGCUUACCACCGAGCCAUGCAGCACCACAACAAAGUGCAGGGAGAGCAGAGCAGCGACUCGAGCGACACGGACUAGGGGAGGGGAGGGGCAGCCUGCACACACGGGGGA